AUGGUCCAGGUACGCCCCCCACUUGUCCAGUACUCUGUUGAGAAGCCGCUUAACCGCGAGCCGGAGCUCCAAACACUUGUUCAGAGUUUCAUCACUAAAGACGGCUAUGAUCGCAAUCAUGGGCCCAUUCCUUACAUCGACGCCGCUACGCACAAGGUUGCCAUCACGGGCCUGGUGAACAAGGAGCUUUCGCUCUCGAUUGCAGACCUCCAGGCUCUCCCUCAGCAUCACGUUGUCAGUGCGCUGCAAUGUGCCGGCAACCGGCGCCACACGAUGCGUACAAAGCUCAAGGAAGUCUGCGGUCUGGACUGGUUCGACGGCGCAGUCAUGAACUGCAAGUGGAGCGGACCUCUACUCAAAGACGUUUUGGAACAGGCAGGCGUCCGGAUUGCAGACGAAAAGCUGGCUGAGGCCCACGUUGCGUUUUCGUGCUUUCAGACGCCUACGCAAGAUGACACCUUUUACGGUGCCAGCAUCCCGCUCUCGCGCGCCAUGAACCCAGAGUACUCGGUUAUGCUGGCUCUGAAAAUGAACGAUGAGCUGCUCCCGGCAAACCAUGGUGCGCCAGUGCGUAUCGUGACUCCCGGCAUCGCCGGCGCCAGGAGCGUGAAAUGGCUCGACCAGAUAUCCGUUCAGAUGUGCGAGAGCCAGAGCUACUACCAGCAGAGCGACUACAAGAUUCUGCCUCCCGAAGCCGACUGCAAAGAAAAGGCCAAAGAGUACUGGGGAAAGGUUAGUGCUCUGCAAGAUAUGCCUGUCAACAGUGUGAUUGGCAUCCCCAAGUCCGAUACUACUGUGCAACGAGAUGCAGACGGCGCAAUUGAAGUACGAGGAUACGCACUGCCCAGCGGAGCAGAUGGCCCGAUUGUCAAAGUCGAUGUCAGCGUCGACGGUGGAAACACGUGGCAAGAGGCCGAGCUGGUUAAUACGUAUGAGGGCGAAGACGCCAAAGACGUGGAGCUCAAGUGGGCGUGGGCCCUGUGGAAAGCUCGAGUCAAGGUCGAGAAAGGUAAGGAUGUUGUCAUCUACAGUCGUGCGACAGACAAGAGUGGUAAUGUCCAGGACAAGUGUCCGACGUGGAAUUACCGAGGUGUGGCCUAUAAUGGCUACGGCGAGGCGUUUGGACUGGAAAUCAUCUAG